AUGUUUCCUUUACAAAGCCGCAGGGCGCGGCUCCUUUCGCCCGGUGUACAGUCCCUAUACCGAAAAGCCGUUUUGCCCACAGCCUCAGUCCGAAUCGCGCGCAGCCGCCUCUACGCGUCGUUGCAGAAUACCCCAGAAUCGGGCAAGAACGAGAAAAGCGAGCCGCUCUCCAAAGAUUCUUCGAAACAUGCACCCGCUGAUCAUGGCAAGAAACCCGCGAAGCCCACUUCCGGGAAAUUGACAAUGGCCCGAGCCGUGGACUUAACUGAGCAAUAUUGGAGACAGAUGGCAUACCCAAAGGGUGACACUCGCAUAGUGCGCAAUUAUCCGACUCUUGAACAUGCGAUCGAUGCUAUGAACGCCGCGCGUCUUGUUUUGAGAAGGGUUGAAGAGUGUAUACGGAGUAUCCACGAGGACGUUGAUUUGGCAUUGCAGAUUUUAUGGAAGAAGUUGGGAUCGCCAGAGGGCGCUCAGGCAAAAUUCCUCAGUAGAAGCCAAGAUUCUGAGCACAACAAGGUCCAGUUUGUUGGCUCACUGGUACACAGUUUAGCAAAAAGAGACUUGGUCACUCUAGAUGAGCUGAUUCGACUGCGGAAGGAACUGGGAAUAGCGCCCACGGCACCCAUAGUACCACAGGCCAUCACGGAAGGAGCAAAUAUGAUGCCUGAGGAGGUACAUGUUUCCCUCAAGCACGCCUGGACAUGGUUGUUACUUGAGAUAGCGGCAGCGAAGAAGAAUGGGCCAAAUGCCACGACGUCGAACAAUAUGCUUCGAGACGGGUCCUCUCCGCCUGCUUCUGAUGACGGAGAAGUGCAGCGCUUGACAAAGGCUCUGGGCGUUCUCAAAGGCGCCAUGGGCGCGGAUAAAGGUGUCGCCUCAACUUCAACUGCCAAGGACAAGAAAAAGGCGUUGACUAAGGACUCCAGUAAAGUGGUCACGCCCAAACAGCCCACGACGAAGCCGUCAAAAAAUGGCGAGAUCAAGACCGAGACAGCGCCUGCGGACCCGUCAAGACAGCAUGAAAACCUUGGUACUGCGAAACAAUCGGCAUUCAGAGAACUAAGAGACGCCUGGGACAAAAGUAAGGAUCAGGCUUCUAACACACUGGAAAGCCCGACGGUGGUAAAAGAAUUGGGAAAGCCCUACAGUAUACACUACGUUAAGGCUAGCGACCUAGAGCUUCAACCGAUAGAAAAGCCUCAGCCGCCAGUCCCAGGGGUCCAGUAUGGGUUGGACCGGGUGCUCUUCAACCCAGGGGUCUACCAGUUGCAGUGUCCGAGGACGCAGGUAUACAACUUUGACCCUUACCUGGCUAGGAUCAUGCCUAUUGAGGAGUUUGACUUCACUGCCCUCAAGCAAUACGUGACCUCGUCCAAGGAUCAGACGCUCAUCCAAAUGGCUUCGGGUCUCGGUAAGAAAUACACGGGAUCUACGUCGAGCAUGACGGCCUCCCUGGCCCAUUUUCACUUCCUCAUCUCGGGCUGGCGGACCAUCACCACCACGAGCCUUACCAGAGAGACGCCGAUUGAGUCCUUCAACUUCACCCGGAUAAUGCGCGGCCCCGCGGCAGCGUUUCUACAUUACAAGGAUGGCACCUACGCAAUCGACGCGGAUAAGGAGUUCGACAAGGCUACUAUCCUGAGCAUGCUUGGCAAGUCAGUGGAGAAACUGCUUACCCUACCCAAGGAGGAGUUUGAAAACUAUCAUCGGGAUAGGUCACAUCUACUUAGCGAGUCUACGCGUGAGGAUCCAGAGGCUUUCCACUACACGACACUAGGUGAUUUCCUGAUGCGGUCGCAACUUGACGCGCACAACCCCAGGCUGCCGGGGACCGGUAUGUACGACCUCAAGACAAGGGCGGUGCUCUCGAUCCGCAUGGAUUCGUCAGACAUUAAGAGUGGUCUCGGAUACGAAAUCCGCCAUCGGUUUGGCGAAUUCGAGUCAUUCGAGCGUGAGUACCUCGACAUGAUCCGGUCGGCCUUCCUCAAGUACUCGAUGCAGGUGCGCAUGGGCCGCAUGGAUGGCAUCUUUGUGGCCUUCCACAACACGGAGCGCAUCUUUGGAUUCCAGUACAUACCCCUCGAGGAGAUGGACUACACGAUCCACGGGACGACGGACCGGCAGCUCGGCGACGAGGAGUUCAAGCUCAGCGUGAAUCUUCUGAACAAGGUCUUGGACAAGGCCACGGCGCGGUUCCCCGGCAAGUCUUUGCGUUUACACUUUGAGACACGGCCAAGCGAGACGCCCUUCAUGUACAUCUUUGCCAAGCCCGUGAACGAUGCGGAAAUCGACGAGGUGCAGGAAGCGAACAAGGCUGCCGUCGAGAAGUUUGAAAAGGAGAUUAUGAGCCUGGAUCCGGUGCCGGAGCCUGCACCGGAAGACGACGACAGGGUCAUCGAGGACCUGGACCUUGUAAUCGAGGACGAUGAGGACGUCUCUUCUCUGGAGGGUCCCGAGGGGUUGGGUCAGGAAAUGUGGGCCGAUAUGAUGGACCGCGUCGAGGAAGCCAUGGAAGACGAUGCCAGAGGUAUCGCUACAGUCAGGGAGGCCAUCGAGCGCGCUCUAGAGGAGAGUGGGCUGUUGGUUAACCUCUCGGCCGAAAAGGCCAAGGCCCAAAUCGAAGCGCUCCUUUCUGCGAUUUCAAGUUCUGACCUCAGAGCUGCAGCAGAAAGUAUCCAGACUACUGGCGUUAUGGAGCAGGGCAUCGUUAGUCCAGAUGGCCGCGUUGAGACUGCAGAGGAAGCAGAGGUUAGCGAGGUUGAGAGUGAACCUGUCAGUCUUACCAAUAGCAAAGACAAGGCUACCGAGUCUGCUACAGCCAAGGAAACGGCGGAGCUUUCACUGAAAGACAUUAUCCUCGGACUGGCUUCUCGGGCGCAGUCCUCAAUCACUGCCGCGGAUCCGUUUGCACGGGACACAGACAAGGACGCGAAGCCGCGCGAAACUCUGCGGAUCAGGAAGUUUGAGAAGGUCCUGUCCGAGAUGCUUUCUGGCUCCAAGGAAUCAAACGACGGCAAAUCCGCCCCCGCCGAAAUCGAGGCAAACAUGAAGCAAGCCGACAUAAUCAGCAACACCAAGUCCUCAGGGAGCAGCAGGGCGGAAAGCCAAGAUAAGGACGGCGGCGAGCUGCUCGGGAUGGUGUUGACGGUACGUAACAUGCUGGGCCCUCGCGUGGUUGAGCGGGUAUAUGGCAAACCGAGCGACUGGAAUCUCGCAUACUCUAUCGAGGAGAUGUCCCAGUCCAGCGCGGAAAAAAUCUAUAAUCAAGUCAGGGAACGGCGCCGCAAGACGUUCGAAACCAAGUCGGAUGCGGAGGAGCAGAGUUCUCAUUACAAGGGGUUUCUCGAGAGGCUGCGAAAAGUCUCGCAGGAGGGCUUGAAGUACCGCCAGGCACAGGACGAGCUGGAGAGGAAGAACCCUGUUUACAUCUUUGGCAAGCAGGAGGGUCUGGACUACCGCGAGGUUUUUGGCGACACUCCCAGUGUUCAAAAGAAGGAUGGCGAUGAAGGCGCGGGUGAGACGAAGAACAACAAUGAGAAGGAAAAGAAAGAGGAGAAGACUGAGCGAGCAGCAGAUGAGGACGUGAACCGUGGGUUCGUGGAUCGCCCUUGA